AUGACCGAAGUCAAAGUCGACCAAGCUCUGUUCUCCCAAUCCGUUGGUAAAACAGUCCUAAUAACCGGUGCAGCACGCGGGAUCGGCGCCGCAACCGCGAUCCUAUUCAACUCCCACGGUGCCAAUGUCGUUCUCGCGGAUCUCCCCCAGCUACGACACAGUGCCGAGGAAGUUAUUCAGAAGCAGAUAAACUUCCCAACCCGCGCAAUAUUUGUUCCAGCCGAUAUCGUGGAUUGGGCAGAGCUAACAGCAUGCUUCGAAGCGGCGAUUACCACUUUUGGCAAGGUCGACAUCGUCGUAGCCAAUGCAGGUAUUAUGGAAUCCGAGUCCGUCUUAGACAUGACCAACGUGGAUGCGAACGGACGUCUUCUCGAGAGUCUGGAGGCUGGAAGGGUUAUUGAUGUGAAUCUAAAAGGAACAUUGAACAUUGCAUCCACAUCGAGCUAUUUCGGCGGGACCGGUGUAACAGCCUACAUCGCAUCAAAGCACGGCGUGCUGGGUCUCCUACGUGCGUGUCAGGAUGUUGCACGCUCACACGGUGUCCGGGUUAACGCUGUCGCGCCGUUUUUGACGCCGACUCAUAUCACGGCGGGCUUUGCCCACAUGUGGGACGAGGCGGGUCUUGAAAAGAAUAGCCCCGAUCGAGUUGCGGAGGCUAUUGCGCUUGUGGCUUUGGAUGAGAAGCGGGAGGGGAAUUGUGUUUUGGUUGCUGGUAAGUAUCUCCGAGAGCUUGAGGAGCUUAGGGCAAUGCUCUUGUCUUCGUGGUUGGGGGUAGAUUUUACGGACUUUAUGCGUCAGGCUAUGCAGUUUUUUGUCAGGAUCGGGGGAUAUGUCUUGCCUAAGAAGUAUUAG